AUGAUGUGUCCGGUAGCGACAGGCCCUAAUGCCAUUCCAGUCUCCCACGAUAUGGGAAACCAACACCUCCGCACUGCGGCAGGAGCCGAUAAGAGCGACGAGCGAGAGGAAGGGACUCAGCCGCUUCCGGAAACGCGAUGGGAGUCUGGGUCAGAGUCGACCCUGAGUGAAGAGACUCCGGACGCGACGAUGAAUAGCAGCAGGAAGUCUGCACAGGCGACACAAGACAGAAAUAGGUCAGACGCGACAGAGAUUGUGCCACACUGGUGGAGGGAGACUUGCAUGAAAGAGUCUUACGAUCAAGGGGGAGCGUUGUGCUGUGCGGGUGCGACGGUGGUACUUCGCGUUGAGCUUGUAGGGAGUCCUUGCGAGGCCCUCUUGGACACUGGGGCUUCUAGAAGUUUCAUUAGUCCUAAAUUGGUCGAACGACUGCAGCUGAAAGUGCGGAGACUACCAAAGGAACAUAGGUUCACCAUAGCUACAGGUGCAUAA